AUGGGAUUAAUCGCCCAUUCCACUAAGCUUCUUCUUUUCCUCAUUUUGUUGACUAACGUUGUUGUUUUAGCAGAUUGGUAUCAGCCUCGCCGUUUGCUUGCCGGCGGUGGCGGCGGCGCUUCCAACGGGGUUGGCGGGGGUGGAGGACUUGGUACAAUUGUAGGGGGGCUGAGUAAUGACAUCAUCGGCGGGGGUGGAGGACUUGGUGGUGCCCUGCCAGGCAUCGGAGGUGGUGGAGUCGCAGGUGGUGGCGCCCUGCCAGGCAUCGGAGGUGGUGGAGUCGCAGGUGGUGGCGACGUGGCUAACGGCAAUACAAUUCUGGGAUUCAGUUUAAGUGGUGGUGGUGGGCUUGGUUCCGGAGCUAGUGGGGGAGGUAGUGCCGGUGGUAGCGAUGGUGUAGGGGAAGUUGCCGGUGGCGGCGCCAAUGGUGGCAGCGGCAGCGGUGGCAAUGGCAAAUAA